UCCAACUCUUGACUGUGUUGAUUCGUUUGUACGCGAAGUUGUUUUGAAGGAGCCAACGGAUAUGUUUCAACACUGGAUGUGAUCACUGGUCGAUGUUGGAACGUCUGUGGACACAUGGGAAUCACUCGGAACGUGGAUCAGAGAGACAGAAAAACAACGAUGUGGGCAGGCAUGAUGAUCUUCCAGCUGCUGAUGCUUGUUCAUGUCAGUUCAACUGCAGCUGAAACAGAAACGUGUGGCUUAUCGACAUUUAUCCAUCACCCGCUAAAGGACUGUACCGGGUCAGACACAAGCACACUCCAUGGCGUUACUCUCCAGGCCUGCGCAGAAGCCUGCUGUGCAGACUCCACAUGUCUGUCGUUCCAAUACAACACCUGGAGAUCCUGCUCCUUGAAAAACAGGCUCUGCUCUGCACAGCAGAAAUCCUAUGCAGCGAUCGGCAACAUCUAUGAUCGGAUCCUGUCAGAAAGCGGAAGCCGUGAGUACACCAGUCUGGGUUGUUGGAGGGACACGUCUGACCACGCCAUCCCGAUCCUGGAGGGCACGGACCCACGGCUAGACGGCAGUGGCUAUCAGGCGCGCGCCAACGCCAUAAAGAAGUGCUACAAGGUGGCGCUGUCCCGUGGGCUCGCCCUGUUCGCAGUGCAGAACGGCGGGCAGUGUUUCGGCUCGGCUACCCUCGACACCUACAACAAGUACGGGGCGUCCUCGGAUUGUGGCGAGGACGGCGAGGGCGGGUCGUGGUCAAAUCACGUCUACAAACUUGCAGCUACGUGGCUGACGCGGGAACCGUCGUGGGUGGUGGACUCCGCCGGUACUCCGCACGUGUUCAACGGGGUGACAUACGAUGCCGCUAACGCCCUGGACGGGAACACUGGAACCUACUGGAACCCACAAACCGAACCCACAAACUACCUGUACAACAACUGGUACAUCGUACUCAAUCUCACAGAGCCGUAUGCUCUGUACCGGCUCGCAGUCAACAACUUCGGGGACACCUCACACGACAUCCACGCUUUCAAGCUGCAGAAGUCGCUGACUGGGAGUCCCUUUUACUGGAGAGACGUCGUGUUCGUUGAAGACGUACAGAACGGAACAGGCCAGCGCCAGGAGUUCGGCGGGUUCCAGGGGACAGCCCAGUACUGGCGAUUCGUCGUCAAUCGUACCCACUCGGGCUGGCAGCCGUGGCUUAAAGAGCUGGACCUCUACGGAAUCGCAUCAGACAUAACGUGUGAAGCAGAUCCCUGUCAACACGGGGCCACCUGCAGGGAUGGUGACGGAGGGUACAACUGCACCUGCGCACCAGGCUACGGAGGACUGAACUGCGAAUUCGACAUUGACGAGUGUGAGUCUAACCCCUGUCAGAAUGGAGCACCCUGUAAGGAUCAAGUCAACGGGUACACGUGCGUCUGUGCACCUGGAAAUAACGGCGUGCAUUGCGAAAACGGUUGCGGCGGCUUCCUAAAUGCCCCAAACGGAACCCUGAAGACCCCGGGACAUCCUCAGGACUAUGAAAAUGACCUGAACUGUGUCUGGAUCAUCACUGUGGACCCUGAAGAACGGAUCUUCCUCUCAUUCUUCAUCUUUUCAGUGGAACCUCAUUCUACCUGUAGAUACGACUCCGUCAAGGUACAAGACGGACGGGGCAACUCUUCGGUUGAAGUGGGGACCUGGUGCGGGACGGACCGCCCCGGACUCAUCACGUCCACUAACAACACCCUGACCGUCGUCCUGCAGACGGACUAUUCGUAUGUGUACCCCGGAUUCCUGGCCAAGUGGUCCAUAGGAAACGACGUUGACGAAUGUGAGUCGAACCCGUGCCAGAAUGGAGCAGCCUGCACGGAUCUCGUCACCGGGUACCUGUGCGUCUGUACUGCAGGAUAUGAAGGUCUGCACUGUGAAAAAGAGGCAGAAUGUGGCGGUGUUAAAAACACACCGAAUGGGAUGAUGAAGUCCCCCGGACAUCCUGAGAACUACGACAAUGACCUGGACUGUGUCUGGAUCAUCACUCUCGACCCGCGGCAGCGGGUCUACCUGUCUUUUCUCAACUUUUCCCUGGAGGCUGAUUCAGACUGCAGCUACGACUACCUCAAGGUGCUAGACGGUCGGGGUGAGUCUGCAGUUGACCUGGGCACGUGGUGCGGGUCUGAUAUCCCUCCGCAGCUGAACUCCACCACCAACACCUUAACGGUCAUCUUCCACUCAGACUACAGCUAUGUGGAACCUGGCUUCGCCGCACAGUGGUUCACGGACGCGUUACCUACCCAGCUGCCGACAUCAACUCUCCAGCCGCCGCCGGCAUCCACGCCCCAGCCGCCGGCAUUCAGCCCCCAGCUGUCGACUUACACGUCUCAGCCAGCUGUGAACAUUGCACGAGGACGUCCUACGUGGCAAUCUAGUACACAGAGCGUAGGCGUGCCGGGGAGAGCCGUGGAUGGGAACAGAGACUCGCACUACCAGGAGGGUGCUUCUUGUACUCUCACCCGCGAAAACAGCAACGCCUGGUGGUACGUGGAUCUGGGGCAUGCCCACAGUAUCGACAAAGUCGUCAUCUUCAACCGACAGGACUGCUGUUCGGAGCGACUCAGUCCCUUCCGGCUUCACGUGGGGAACUCCACGACGGUCAGGUAUAAUCCGACCUGCGGGGGCGACCAGACCGCGAGUAGCGGCACGGUGACGGUGGAGUGUGCGGGGCUGUCCGGCCGGUACGUCGGGGUGCUGCUACCCGGCCGCAACCGGAAAUUGUCGCUGUGCGAGGUAGAAGUAUAUGAGGACUCUCCUGCUGUUGAAGUUACGAGUGCGAUUCUCGGAGCUGUACCGCCUAACACGACCGUGCCACUCAUCUUCAGUUCACCAGCACCGGACAACCACACAUCGACAUACACAGCCUCAACAACGGUAGGGGCACCAACCACACGCAGAGCCCCCGCGUCCACAUCACAGCUAAACAGUCAGCUAAACAGCACAGCGAUGAGGCUGGCGACAUCUGAUGUUGACGAAUGUACGACCGGCGUCCACAACUGCAGCCGAGACGAGCUGUGCGUCAACACCAACGGCUCCUUCGCGUGUGCCUCCUGCUAUCCUGACGUCACGUUACAAGGGGGCGGGGCUUCCCCGUGGUCGGCUCCAAGUGUCCAGCGACGAAAGCCCUUGACUGUGCGGAGUGAUAUCAAAGUUGACUGUGAAGAGGAGUUUACCCUAAGCCUUAGUUGGGCGGUGUACUCCAUGGAUGCCGACUCUCUCACCCCUAUCGCCAUCCCUCCCAGCGUUUCAACAUCAGCGUCUGAACUUACCUUACCGAAGAACACCCUACCGUACGGCAACGUCAUCGUGGGGUUAGAGGUCGUCGUCAUGGAGACGGAAAGCGGACUGAGCGUGGCGCGAAAGGUGGCGCAGUGGCUGACGGUCAGGGCGUCUCCUUUGGUGGCGCACAUCGUGGGAGGGUCGGCGAGGUCGGUGGACAUGGGGUCUGACGUCGUCGUGGAUGCGUCGACGUCGUACGACCCUGACGCCGUCGUCACGAAUUCGACGUUACUGACGUACAACUGGUCGUGCAUAACUGAGUCAGGUACCUCAUGCAAUGAAGUAUUUGGAAACAGCACAACACAACAGUCUUACGUCAUUUCCUCCGCACUGAUACCGCCCGAGGAACCGGAAGUGACGUUGACCGUGCAGGUGGAGUACCCGGAUCGAGAUCCCGGUCUGUACAGCCAGAUCCUGCAGAUCUUCCCCGCGGGAUCUCCCACCGUGCAGAUCACAUGUCUAAGUAACUGUGAGAGAAAGCUGAACCCGUCGGAGCGGCUGGUGCUCAGCUCGGCGUACUCCUGUCCCAGCUGCCGACAGGACGAGCCGGUCCGGUACAACUGGACCCUCCGGGCAGCCCCGCCAGACUUCGGACGGGCCGACCUCCUCUGGGACACCGACACCACCACGGGGAGGCACCUGCCGGAUGUCGUCGUGCAGGCGGGCGUCUUCAAGGCAAUAGGAGAGUACACCCUGAGAGUGGCAGUGUCCCUGGGUCCAGGAAGGGAAGGUUUCGCGGAGUACACCUUCCAGCCAAACGAACCUCCGGCCGCUGGAAGCUGCAGCGUCUCUCCGGAAAACGGAACUGUGAUGGUGACAGAGUUUACCAUAUCCUGCACAGGCUUUUCCGACCUUGACCUGCCCUUGACCUACACGUUCCUGUACAGUACGGGCGCGGAGAGGCUGGCCUCCGUCUCCACGGCAACGGGUGACGUCUUCUCUAUCCUCCAUACUGGUCAGGAUUCUGAGUUGUCAGGAGUCCUGCUGCCUAUUGGCUUAGAAUCACGUGACUAUAACGUUAUUAUCCGCGCCGACGUGUCAGACGCUCUGGGAGCGACAUCUUCCGUCCAAACUGUUGUGAAGGUAUUCAACCUUCCCGCCAGUGAGUCCACCAGCGUGGCAACACAGUUGGUAGUGGGAGCGAACAGCACCCUGGGUAAACUCGUACGUCAGGGAGACUUCCGGUCUGUGGUGCAGUUGUCCAACAGCGUCACUUCCGUCUUGAACUCCGUUUCGAACGGAACCGCGGAGGACGCGAAAUCAGCAGCAACUGAGGCCCGUAACGCGGUUGUGUCGGCGCUGACGAGUGUCCAGGCCAAGAGCGUGACGUCAGUGAACCUGGUGGCCGGCGCGCUGGGACAGGCGACCAGUGUCGGGGAGGAGGUGUCCACAGACUCACAGGUGGCGGCCUCCGAUGCGCUGAAGAGCAUGGCGUCAUUUCUACAGUCUGUUCCCACGGAAGAACUCGGCUCGACUAAAAUGGAAGAGUCAGCCAAGUUCAUGAUGACAGCUGCUAUUAAUGUUCUGCAAGGGUCCGCGGCAACCUCAGAGAAGGUCAAAGGUCAGGACAAUUCUGGAGGACAGCUGGAAAAGACCAAAAACGCCACGACGGCCAUAUUUGAAACUGUUAACGUCCUGAACGAGCUCGUCCUGACUCGGAAACGGCCGAACGAGAGUCCGACAGUGAUCGUUCAGGGUCCGUUUCAAAUGGCGCUGCAGAAACAAAACUGUCCGGACAUGGGGGAACAGAUCGUCCGGACGUCUGAUGACAGUGGGACAUGGUUCCGGAUUCCGGACGCAUCGGUGUUGUUCGGAAAUCCCUGUCCGGAUACCGUCGGGUUCGAAAACUACCAGACGACGCUUAACCCGUACUCCUACGCCGGGAACUCCGACCAGAUCAAGACCACGGUCGCGUCGCUGCAGUUCCGGAGUGACGCAGGAGCUCUGGAGGUCAAUGACCUGCAGAAGACGAUCGAUGUCGUCACCAGGCGGAAGGACGGCAGCGUGGAGGUCCGAACCCAGCGGGGGGCGACCGUGACGUCAGGACAGGACGCCAUGUCGGUUCACGAGUUUAACUUGACGGACAGUGCCGGUGACAGCGCCGUCCUCAUAUCAAUAAACCCCGACCAGACCGGCGUCCAUGUCCGCCUGUACCUUCGCAGUCAACACCCGCCCACCCGGGAGGUCUACAACCUGACCACGACACUUCCACUGGAAGAGGAUCAGCUGUACUCCAUUCCUCUUGGCAAUAACACAGAGAUCAGGUCUGAUCCUUACCAGUGGUUGAUUUCUGCGGAGUGGUUACGCGAGAUGAACCAACAACGAUACUUUGUCGGUGUAGAACAUGUCCCAUACAACAGCACAGAGUUUGAAACACACAGAGUGAAUCAGGACAACCGGUCUGAACCAGUGUAUGGAGACGAAGACUUCGUCUUGAACUACACCUUCCGGGUCUUCAGGUCAACAUGUCUCUUCUUCGAUACCACGGAGCAGAUGUGGAAGUCAGAUGGGUGUGAGGUCGGCCCCCUGACGACAGACACAGUCACUCACUGCCUGUGUAACCACCUGACGGCGUUCGGCUCAGACUUCCAGUUCUUCGUGGCUCCGAACUCCCUGAACAUCCUGAAGGCUCUGGAAGGGUUUAAAGACAUCAGCUCUAACCCGGGUGUGGUCGUCACUAUCGCUGUAGUGGUCGGCAUCUAUCUGCUGUUUGUGAUCUGGGCUCGGAGGGAAGACAGGAAGGACGCUACAAAGGUCGGUGCUACAGUGCUGGGAGGUGCGGACGGUCGCAGCCAUGUGUAUCAAGUCCUGGUGUUCACAGGAGCGAGGGCGGACGCCAGCACGUCUGCUAAGGUGUCCAUCAUCCUUCACGGGGAGUACGGUACAUCCGGGCCACACACGCUGGAUGACGUCACGCGGGUCACGUUCAUGGAAGGCGGGGUCGACACGUUCGUGGUGACGUCACGCCGGCCGCUAGGUGUCCUCAUGGCACUGCACGUCUGGCACGACAACCGGGGACACGAUCCGUCUUGGUUUCUGGACAAGAUCAUCAUUACUGACACCCAGGAUGAUUCCAUGACAACUUUCCUCUGCAACAAGUGGUUGGCUGUGGAGGAGGAUGACGGUAGAGUGGACCGGAUUCUCGUGGCGGCAACGGACGAGGAACUGACCAGGUUCGGCACCUUGUUCUCCAGCAAGAUGUCUAAAAACUUCCGAGACGGACAUCUGUGGUACUCCGUGCUGGGAAGGCCGGCAACAAGCCCGUUCACCCGGGUGCAGCGCGCCUCCUGCUGCCUGUCUCUGCUGCUCUGCUCCAUGGUCGUCAACAUCAUGUUCUUCGGGAGGGGAGGCAACUUCCAGCGCCCGUCUCCCAUCUCCGUCCUGGGGUUCGCCAUACAGAUCCCCAUCAACUGGGAACAAGUGAUAAUCGGCAUACAGAGCGCUCUGAUCGUGUUUCCUGUGAACCUGGCUAUCGUGCAGAUUUUCCGGUACUGCAGACCCAGGGGGAAGAAAAUUAGACCCGCAACUCCUGCUUCUGCUUAUAAUUACGGCAAGGUUUAUCAGAGUCAGCAUCAUGAUGCAGCUAACUUCGUCAAAGACUUCACACCGAUCCGGCCAGCCACCUCCCGGCCGCACGGGGCUCGGAGAUGGAGCGAGUUCGCUGACUCAGGGUAUGACGAUCACGUGACUGACGCCAGCUCCAGUCAGGGACGUCAUAGUCUCGCGAGAGUUGGAAGUUCCCGCGAGGGAAGUAGAACAGGAGACGACACUGAUGGUUCCUCGGUGUUUGAAAUGCCAACUGCUCAGCAAACAAAGAAAAAGAAGAAAUGCCUCCUUCCCUGGUGGUGUGUUUACUUCGGUAAGUGA